UCUGCGGUGGUGCACUCUGUCUGAACCCUUCAUUUGUUAGUACUGCAUGCGGUAUAUAAGAAACUGAUGUAGCCUAACGAGCAUUUACUUUUGAUUUAGUUCAGAAUUGGCCGCAUUGAUCUCUGUUUGUAAGCAAGUCUGGACAGAAAACAGGAUCACAAGAUAUGCUUUGUUACAGAGUGUCACACUGUGACUUGCAUUCAGCAGUACAAGUCUACCAGAGCUUGAUUUUAAAAUAUAUUUAGUAUAUACUAUUUGCCGCACCAGACAUGUAUAAGAAAACUAGUGACUGAGAAUGUCUUUUAUUUGGUUUGUCUGUCUAUGCUAAAUGUGAUUAGUUGUCCUGAAAGGGCCAAAUAGGAUCUACUGUCCUGCCUAGGUGUCCUGCUUUAACCUGGCCUUAACUGGUUUACUAUGCUAACUGACAAACUAAUCAAAGUUGCAUAAUCCCACUGACAGUGAUAAUGCCACUCACAGUUCAUUUCAUCCAGUUAGCCUCUGCAGCAUUUCAGACAAACAGACCCAGUAAACAGGGGAUGCUCAGCAAACACUUAAAAGUAACCUUUCCAGAAUUUUUGCAAUGCUAAUAUGGCAUUUUCCCCCUUAAUAGUUGUAACCAUUUAAAAAUACUGUUUUGAUAACUUUGUGGAAACACUAUCAAAAUGUUGUAAGAGCAUAUUUUUGUUACCUUAAUAUCAGGGACUAUUAAAACCUUUGAUGGCAAGGCACCCCAGGUGUCUGAAGAUCUUGCACUACUUCAAAUUUAAAGGGUAGUUCAUACUGUGUUAGAAAAUAUUAAGGGAUGUGAGAUGGAAAGUGGAAAUCAACAUGUGACCCUAGUCAUUAAGUAUGGUAAAUACACUGCAUGGGUCUAAAUGUACAUUUUUUUAUUUUAUGCUAAAAAUCAUUAUAGGAUAUAUAGUAAACGUCAUGUUUCUUGGAGAUGGUUUGUAAAAAUUUUUUUAAUAUGCUAUGUAUUACUAGAACUUCAUGUGAACUAAUGAGAACUAUAAAAGCGAUUUUCAUAAUAUUUAAAAAAAAAAAAAUACCCUCAGAUUGCAGAUUUUCAAAGAGGGGUAUCUCAGCCAAAUACUGUCCUAUAACAUACAUAAACGGGAACCUUAUUUAUUCAGCUUUCAUGUGACCAAACGACCUUUUUUGACUGGUUUUGUUUUCCAGAUAUUAUCCAUAAAAUAUUUUAAUGACAUAAAAUGUUUUUUUGUUUUUUUAGUUUUUUAAAUGAAUGCGAUUUAAAACCCCUUUCCUUGAAUCGAAUUGUCUCUCAGUCGUGGCCCCUGGCCCUGAAUCACGUCUCGAUGCGCACACCCGUCGGGCGCUGUAGGGAAAGACCCGCUGCAGCUCAUUGGGGGAGAAAAGUGACGUCAAGGAAAUCCUCACCGCUACUGGGACCUUAAUAUAACCGUGAACUGCACUGAGAGCUCAAAGCACAUUACUGCGCAAAAUAUAGACGUACGGGAUUAAGAGGGUAAACAGCACCAAUCCUCGCUCAGGUGUGCUUAAUUGAAGACAAAGAAGCCAAGAGCAAUUAGAUCUUGUUGAGCAGGUUUCUGCUGGAUGGGACUGGAUCUAUUAUUGGAGCGUCCGAUUUAGUUCGUCAGUUCUUUUGUGCAGUCACAUUCGAAGAGACACCCGUCGCUUAACCGAGUGUUUGUCGUUUGUCGAAUUGCACCAAUGACCCUGCUGGCGAGCAUGCGGCGCCACAGCAUCCGCGUUCAGCAUCACCUGCACCGGUGGAGCAUCUGCGGGACGGACGGAGGGCAGCUGCUGAGCGAUGGGUUCGUGCGUCCCGACAUCGGUAUGUCCAGGUCCAGCUCCUGCUCGUCCACCUCCUCAGACUCCGCUCUCUCCACCGAGUCCGCGACUCCUGCUUCGGUCGGACCCUUCACCGUGGUCCUGCUCGGGGACAACGGGGUCGGGAAGUCCGCGCUCGCCAGUAUAUUCGCCGGAGCCUCGGACAGCAUGGGCAGCGAAUGCGAGUUAUAUGGAGGUGAAGUAUUUGAGCAGACGAUAACAGUGGACGGUGAGAGGGCCACCGUUACCCUACUCGACACAUGGGAUUCGCAGGAUGAGGGCAGCUGGACGCAGGAGCGAUGUUUGCAGACAGGAGACGCUUUCAUUAUAGUUUAUGCUAUAACAGAUCGUUCAAGCUUCCUUCGCGCCUCAGAUCUUCGUAUUCAGCUUCGACGCCAGCGCGAGGCCGACCGAACUCCCAUCAUCCUCGUCGGCAAUAAAUGUGACCUGGUUCGCUGCAGGGAGGUGUCCGUUAGUGAGGGUCGCUCGUCUGCUGCCGUCUUCGACUGUAAGUUCAUUGAAACGUCAGCAGCAAUGCAGCACAACGUCUGGCCGCUGUUUGAGGGCAUCAUCCGCCAGCUCCGUCUGCGAAGAGACAGCACACAGGACCUCACCAGGCGUUGUUCUCUUCAAAAGCGACGGGAGAGUCUCCCAAAGAAAGCAAAGCGUUUCAUUAACAGAAUGGUUGCUAAGAAGAACAAGCAAGCCGCCUUCAAACUCAAGUCCAAAUCAUGCCAUGACCUGAUGAGUCUGUAGUGCAGAGACUUUGAAUGGCUUUUGAAUUGCAUUGUAUGAAGUUUGGGUGCAAACAUUUUGGAAAGUAUCCGUUCAAGUGUUUGUUUUUUCCCAUUUUGUGAUUUAAAAAAAAGCCACGGAUGUCUAUAUUAGACUGUGCUGUAGAAGAGCAUCGAUUACAAGCUUCUCGCUCCCUCUGUGAUGGACAGAACGCUCUACCCGUUGUCUUUCUCAAAAGCCAUGAUAUACCAAAAUGUUUCGUGGGAAUCCCAACACGCUAAAAGUGGUGCUUUUAUUUUUGUAUGAUUUUCCUGAUGGAUUUGCUUUUUAAUUGAGAAACCUCUUUGUCGUACCUUGUGUGUGAAAUGUUUUGUCCAGCUUUUGCUCAGUUGAGCAUUUAGCGUUCAAAAGAAAUAAAAUACU